AUGGUGCAUGCAUGCGUGUUUAUUGGUGCUGAGGGAAAGUGGGAUCGUUUUUUAAGCGCUGAGAAUCUGAGAUGUGUGGUGUGGGUGGAGUUUUUGGCGGGGGAUUGGAGAUUUGUGUUGGUGGAGGUGGGAGGUGAUUGGUUGGGUUGGGGAGUUAGGGGAUAG